AUGAAUUCUUCGUAUGUGGCCAUUGAACAGCGUAUCCAGGUCGCCUGCGAGGCCGCCAGAGCUCGAAAGAAUGUGAAAAUCACCUCGCUGGCGCGCGAAUUCGACGUUCCUGUGUCCCGGCUGCGGGCGCGUCUCCACGGUCGGCAACCUCGUACGCAGCGUACCAUCACCACCAAGCGCCUGGAUGACUCGCAGGAAGCAGCAUUGAUCAGCUGGAUCGAUACCCUUGAUGCCCUUCAUGUACCACCUACUGCCUAUAUGGUUGAAGCGAGUGCGAAUGCGAUAAUUCAGAGAAGUGCCGAAGCAACUGGAGAUAUAGUAGCACCUGUGAAUAAGAUGUGGGUAUACAAUUUCGUUAAGCGCCUACCUGAUGGCCUUCACUGGGUAAAACAGAACCCAACGGAAAGAGAAAGCAUUGAGGCUGCGGAUAUUAGUACUCUGCAGGCCUGGUAUGAGCGUCUUGAGCCAUUCGUGAAGCGAAUCCCGCCCUCGAAUAUAUACAAUUUUGACGAGACUGGCUUCCAGCUUGGCCAGGGAAAGCCUCAGAAGGUUAUCAGUCGCAACCAGCAGCGUACGAGGCCAUUGUCGAGCGAGCGAGGUGAACUCUUGACUGGAAUUGAGUGUAUAGCAGCUGAUGGAUGGCUGAUGGAGCCAUACUUCGUGGCACCAGGCUUGGUGCAUCUCGAACGAUGGUAUGAAGGCGGAACACGCGUAGAGGAAACACGAAUCGCGGUAACCUCAUCUGGUUAUUCGAAUGAUACCCUCGCUGUCGAUUGGCUUCAUUUCUUUCAGGAACACACACGCAACCGCGCUUGUGGUGGACCGCGACUAUUGCUCUUCGAUAGCCAUAGCUCGCAUCUUACCUGGCAGUUCUUGCAUCUCUGCGAACAGUGGAAUAUUAUCGCUUUCGUCUUUCCUCCGCAUACCACGUAUAUCAUCCAUCCUCUCGAUAGAAGCCCGUUUCGUGCCUUAAAAGCGAGAUUCCGUGCAAAAAAUAACACGAUCGCUCAGUGGGGUGGAGAUCCUGAGGAUACAGGCUUCUUCUUUCGCGAAAUCACCGGCAUACGACAGCAGGCUAUAAAGCCACGUACGAUUCGGAAGGUAUUUGCGGACCGUGGCAUCUAUCCAUUUAAUCCAGCCCCAGUCAUGGAACGCCUCGACUCUACGAGAUCACCUACACCAGAGCUUCACUGGCCUACCGGGGACACUCCGCCACCUCAGUCAUCCAGUAUACUAAGGCCUCCGCCUGAAUCAGCGACCCAGGCGCGCCGUUCGCAAGAGAAUAUGUCUAGGAGAUCUGAUCGUGAGGCUAUCCAGCUGGACACUCGCCGUCAGAUCAAUCGACUCUCCCGUCAGGUUAUACAGAUGGCAGAGGAGAUCAGCCUUCUAACAUCUACUAUUCAGCACUAG